AUGUCCACCCGAGGCCGUUCAACUUCUCCUCACCCUCUUCACGAUGGCGACGUCGACAUGGACAAUGGCAAUGGCGUGGAGAAGUCACACGUGAAGGUCAUUCAGGUGUCUAAUCUUACCCGCAAUGUCGUCGACGCCCACCUACGCACCGUGUUCGGCUUCUAUGGUCAUAUUGUCAAAAUAGAUCUACCCAUCUUCGGCAAAUCUGGGCAAAACAGGGGAAAGGCCUCCCUCGAGUUCGCCGAUUCCGCGUCUGCGCACAAGGCCAUAUCCCAUAUGAAUGGUGGCCAGCUGGACGGUGCUGUGCUCAAAGUCGAGCUAUCUGAGUUCCCAGUACGCUCCCGCUCGCGUUCUCCUCGC